AUGAAUAUCUUGCAGAAAUCUUCAGAAACACUUUUUUCUAAAGAAGAACUUUUUCUAGCUAACAAUUAUAGUAAGUGUCCAACUCACUCAAACAGGAAGCUAUAAUUCUUAAGCACCGAUACUUCGUCUAAAUAUAAACUAAAAUGUGUAGAUUGUUUAGCGUAAAGUAAUAAUAGAAAUUUUAUCCCAUUAUUAACUUUGCUUGAUGGAGAUAAAAAAACCAUAUUUAGAAACUGGCCUGUUAUCAACGAUGACUAAAUCUACGAUGAAUUAAUUCAAAUUUCUAAAAGAAAUCCAUUUAAAGAAGAAACCUAAAGGUAAAUCCAGGCAUUUUUUAAAGAGUUUAGAGUAAUGAUUGAUCAAAAACUUGAAAUAAAGCAGUCAGAAAUGAUGAAGUAUACUGAUGAUUUCUAUGAUAUAAAUGAUAAAAUAUUUAAUCAAUACAAUCAAUUAUCUGCAAAAGAGGAGCUUGUAGAUAUUAUUUUAAAUUAAAGAGAUGACUUUGAAAAAUAGAAUUAACAAUUAAGUGAAAUAGUUCAAAGAGUCUUGCUUAGUUAAGAGUCUUCAAAAAAAUCUUUAUUGGAAACUAUUAGUCAUAUAAGCAAUUUGCAUGAAAUAAUUACUUUUGACGCUGCAAAUAAAGUAAAAUAAAACAUAAUUGAGCAAAUAAAAGGUAUCGAUUUGUUUGUUGUUAGAAGCUUAGAAGAUAUGUAAAUGAAUAACCAUUAAAAACAAGUAGAAGUAAUAAAAUAAAAUAUAAGCAGAAUGAAAAUUGAAGAUAUGAAUACAAGUUAACUUAUAAUAAAGCUAAUUAAUUGUUAACUUAAUAAUUGUUCUAAGGAGCUACUUAAUGAACUCACUUAAACUGUUUUAAAGAUUGAAAAUUUUCUAAACAAGUAAUAGGUUAAUAUUGGCUAAACUGAUGAACAUCAUACAUUCCCAUUUGACUAACUCAAUUCAUAAUAAAUGUAAAAACUUAAAAAUUUAGCUCAUCUUACAGAAAAACAAAUAGAAGAAAUUCUAUGCCUGAUCACAGAAUUCAAAUAAAAGAACCAAACCAACAAUUCUACAAUUUAACUAAGAAAUCAAAAUGAAGAGAAAGAAGCCUUAAAUAGAUUUAAUCAAUUAAUCCACAAUAAAUCUAAUUACUGCAAAAAAGAAUUCCUUUAAAAUUGUUAAUCUGCAGCCUAGAAGUUCCCUGAAUGUAUAAAUCAUAUUUAUUUGCAAGAUAAAAAUAUAUUUUAAGAAAAUUGUAAUCCAAUCAAUUUUUAAGACAUAUAGGAUAAAUAGCUUAAAGAUAUAAAUAUUUUAGUUGCUAAAAUAGCAUAAUUAUAAAAUUAAUAUGGCAUAAAUUAUUAAUAUGAUUAAUGA